AUCCAAUUUAGAGACUCAAACUCACGCUCACGCUCAACCCCCGAAAUGGCAUCCCUUAUUAUUCUUGCCGUAGUAAUCGCAGUGGCCCACACUUCCAAACACGUUCAAGCAAAAUCUAAAAAAGGGGACCAACAGUCUCUCUCGGCGACAGCCAACAAGUCAACCUAUGACCUUGGACGAGUCGAAUACAAUAUGAACACAAAGAUGUAUUCAAACUCACCUCAUCCGUCGCGAUACCCCUUUGAUAAUGUAGCUUCGGAAUCCGAAUACUCACCUCCCGCGUAUCACCAAAUCGCCAAUUAUCAUCCCGCAGAGUUUGAAGUUCUCAUGACGGAGAAUGUCGCCGCAGUUGGCGACAGUAAGCUCACGCCUACCUCGAAGUGAGAUGUUUUGCGGCAGAAAAUUGGACACUGGCGGAGCAAAUCAAAAAUACAUGUACAGAGUCUGUGAGUCUGGGAAAGCCAGCUGCAGACUAGAGACUAGACCUCUGCUGAUUUUUUUGGCCGAGAUGACAUCCCACUUAUGGGGGCAAUAGUACUGUUUGCGUAGGUCGAAUUUAAUUAGAACACACGGUAGACGAAGGUAUCCAAGAUAUUGCACUCAGUUAUUCCUCUAUCUGCUACUUGAUUUUGUAAGGGUGGCCUCUGCGAUGACGUCGUGCCUGGAGGGUCUUUGGUCGAAAUUCAAAUUUGCAAGAAUUCUCUCCUCUCUGGAGAAUUUUCGUUCCAGGAGUGAAAGUUCAGAGACAUUGGCCGUCAAUAUUUGCAACUCGUCUUU